CGACGAAGCUGCAGGAAUCAGUGAGUGUGCCUCGUGAUCUGAAAGAUCCGUCUGAAACACACUGACCGUGAACGCAGCAUUUUUGUCAUUAUUUUUUUGAAGAAUAAUUUUUGUCAUUAUUGAGAGGGCAACUGAUAGCAACGUGCUUCCUGUCCUUGCAACACACGGGACAAGAUUACAUUUGGAUGAUGGCCAAGAAGCAAUCUUUUUUUAGUGAAAAGCAGUAAUAUUCAAGUAGGGUAUAGUGUGUAGUGGAAGUGCAGGCAGAUCGAACCGUCUGCUCCACCGUUCUGUGAAGGAGCAAGAAGAGAACAUGGAGGAAGAGGAGGGGCGGAGGGGGAUCCCUUCCCUGCUGAAACCACCAUUGCCGCCUGAAACCGAAGCUGGUUCUCUGCAGCAGGAACACAUCGCCUCUGAUAUUACCCAGCUUGUAGGAUGGACACCACUGAUAGAAGUGAAAAGAAUCACCCAGAAGGAUGAGGGCAAUGCCCGAAUUGUUGGCAAGUUGGAGUGCUACCAACCUCUUUGCUCUGUCAAGGACCGCAGCGCUCUGAGAAUGGUUGAAGAUGCAGAGGAGAAAGGGCUUAUCUCACCUGGCGUCACAACACUGGUCGAGCCAACUAGCGGCAAUAUGGGGAUAGGUCUGGCGUACAUCGCUGUGGCCAGAGGUUACAGGUUCUUAGCAGUCAUGCCUGCUGAGUACUCACUUGACAAGCAGAUCUUGUUGCGAUAUCUGGGAGCAGAGGUGGUUUUAACUGAUCCUUCACUCGGCUUUCAGGGACAACUUGACAAAGUGGAACAACUCAAGAAAGAAAUACCCAGUGUGCAUGUUCUCGAUCAGUUUGCAAAUGCAGCUAAUCCUGAAGCACACUUCACAUGGACUGGACCUGAGAUUUGGAAGGAUACGGCAGGCAAAGUAGACAUAUUUGUGGCUGGCUCAGGCACUGGAGGUACUAUUUCUGGUAUUGGUAAAUAUUUGAAGAUGAAGAACCCAGCUGUGAAGGUCAUUUGUGUUGAGCCUGCUGAGAGUCCAGUUAUCUCAGGUGGCAAGCCUUCUCGGCAUAAAAUCCAGGGAGUUGGGCCAGGAUUUGUACCCAAGAACUUGGACACCUCACUCAUUGAUGAGAUCAUUACGGUAACUGCAGAAGAUGCGAUGGCGAAUGCAAGGAGGUUGGCAAGGGAAGAGGGCCUGCUAGCUGGCAUAUCAUCUGGAGCAAAUUUGGCAGCUUGCCUGAAGGUGGCAUCAAGAGAAGAGAAAAAAGGGAAGAUGAUUGUCACCGUGUUCCCAAGCGGUGGCGAAAGAUACAUGAACUCUGACCUCUUUGCAGCUGUAAGAGAGGAAUGCAUCGCCAUGACCUUCUGAUCACAGCGCUUGUGUGCCACCUAGGGUUGGUCUGGCAUGGCUCAGCAUACAUAACAUGCAAGUUGUUGGAUCAAGAUUCAGGAAAGAUCAAUAUAUGUUCUUGAUUAGGACCUCUAGAGUUUUGUUGACUGUUGCUGUAGUUGGGCGUGUUUGUUUGCUUUCUAAUUUUGCACAUUGCCAUGGAACGUUCAGCAAAGAAAUGUAAAUCCAUGGACAGUCAUUAUUGUUCGAACAAUAUGACACAAUACGUAUUAAUUUCCCUCAAAUACCAAAA